UCGUCCUCUUUGUUUGUUCCUUUCUUCUCUCCGAAGCUCCAGCUUUCAGGUCCCAUGGAGUCCCCUAAGCCUCUUUCUAGCCUCUCUCCUCAAUGUUUCGCUUUUUAAACCCCAGAAAGUUUCCUACUUUGUUGAAUUGGACAUAUAAGGAAGUUUAUUUUCAUUCCGUUUUUGGAAUUUAGUUGAAAGUUUUGGAUUCUGGGGUUUCUUUCUUUUACUGGCAAUACGUAAAGGAAGGAAAAGUUUUAGUUUUCUAUUUUUCUUUUUGUUUGGUGGUGUUCGUAGAAAAUGCCGCCACAUCGAUCCAAGUCGGAAAAGAACGACGGCAUGGCCAAUCACCUUCGUCGAGAUCCUUAUGAAUUGCUUGGGGUCUCCAAAAACUCAACGGAUCAGGAAAUUAAGACCGCCUACCGGAAAAUGGCUCUAAAGUACCAUCCUGAUAAGAAUGGAAAUGACACUGUUGCAGCUGAUUUGUUCAAGGUCACAUUUUCUUAUAAUAUCUUGUCUGAUCCAGAUAAAAGACGCCAGUAUGACACUGCCGGUUUUGAGGCUGUUGAAGCUGAUAACCAAGAAUUGGAGCUAGAUCUUUCGAGUUUGGGAGCUGUGAACACCAUGUUUGCUGCACUUUUUAGUAAACUUGGUGUGCCAAUUAAGACCACUGUAUCUGCGACUGUUUUAGAGGAGGCACUUAAUGGUGCAGUCACUAUUUGCCCACUUCUGCUUGGGCAACCUAUUUCUAGGAAGGUUGAAAAACAACGUGCUCACUUCUACUCUGUUGCAGUAACAGAAGAAGAAGCAAGAGAUGGGUUCGUUUGCCGAGUACAAUCAUCUGAUAAAAGCAAGUUCAAGUUAUUGUAUUUUGAUCAAGAAAAGAUUGGUGGAUUAAGCCUUGCACUGCAGGAGGAUAGUGCCAGGACAGGAAAAGUUAUGUCUGCUGGAAUGUAUUUUCUCGGCUUCCCUGUCUAUUGCUUGGAUCAAACAGUAAACUCAGUAGCUGCCGCAAAAGAUUCAGAUGCAGCUUUCUUCAAAAAGCUGGAUGGAUUUCAACCAUGUGAAAUAACUGAAUUAAAACCAGGAACACAUGUGUUUGCCGUCUAUGGUGACAACUUUUUCAAAAGUGUAAGUUACACAAUAGAAGCUAUUUGUGCCGCCCCUUUCAUAGAGGAAAAGGAAAACCUUAGAGCAGUGGAAGCAGAGAUUCUGUCCAAACGAGCGGAGCUGUCAAAGUUUGAAACCGAAUACAGAGAAGUCCUGGCACAAUUUACUGAAAUGACAAGCAGAUACGCAAACGAAAUGCAAGAGAUUGAUGAGCUUCUCAAACAAAGGAAUGAGAUUCAUGCCUCGUACACAACGAUUCCAAAAAUUAAGCGAAGUUCGAGUAGGAACAAGAGUAAGGCUGCCUCCAAAGAGGCCAAAGAAGACGGCGAAGUAAGAGACAGGAAACAUUCCACGUCUGAUAGAAAUAAGAAGAAAUGGUAUAAUAUACACUUAAAUAUAGACAGGAGAAAGCCAUGCUGAACAGGUAAAGUAUGGUGUUUCGUUUUCUAGGAAGAUUCCUUCCUAUUCGGAUGAACAAUAACGAUUAACGAUUGCUUAAAUCCUGUUGAUUAUUGUAUCAGGUUAUGAAGAAGUAGGUAACUUUUGGGUCUGGAAAAUUUUACUUCUGUGGGGUGAAAUGAAGAUGGUGUACGAACCAUUUCUCCAUCACGUCAAGGAUGACAACAUCUCAUUGUUAUCGAAUGAUUCUUUCUUCCUUCUUUUUUUCCCCGGUCAUAUCUCAUUAUUUUGUUUUCCCCUUUGGAAAUCUCGACUAGAAUACUUGUAAAUUGGCAGAAAAUGCUGGAGAUAAACUCCAU